CGUCAGCUGCCCGGAGAGACGGACCCGGGGACCCGCAGAGCGCGCGCGCGGACAGCGGUGCAGACCGGCAAAAGCGGGGUGGGCGGCGUCACGCGGAGGAUGGGACUAGACACCUGCUGCUGGACUUCAGACUCUAACCUGCUCAUCAGUGCGCAUCUUACAGGACACUGACCGGUGCUGCACAACCUGGCUUCACUAGUGACUUGGCUACUACUGGACUUUAAUGAAGCUACUGAGCACUUUUACACAACUUUACAAACUUUUUUACACACUAAUUUUAACAGCUGGGUUUUAUCCUAAAAGGACACACACUUUAUGAACUUUUUACGUACAGCUGUUUUACCUUAACGCACUUUUUUAAACAGCUGUUUCACACUCUUUUUGAUCACUUUGUCAACUUUUACGCACUAAUUUUAACAGCUGUUAUACCUUAAAUGUAUACCUUCUUUUUAUCACUUUUAAGAAUUCUAACGCACUAUUUUUAACAUUUACCCUAAAAGUACCCACUCUUUUUAAUCAACCUUUUUUAUCAGCAAUAUUGACAGCAGUAUUUUACACUGAAAAUACUUGUUUUUAAACUACUUUGGGAACGUUUUACGCACUAAUAUUAACAGCCGUAUUUUCUAUCUAUAUUUCUAUUUUCUACCGUAGUUGAACAGUUGCUUUCUCCACCGUAAAUUGAUAUUGUCCCAGUUGCUGCGAACUUUUGUACGCACUAAUUUUUGACGCGUAUUUCUCGUGGAAAGUAAUGACUAUACGCAACUCUACUUACGCUCUUACUAUACGCUGAUUUCUUAAUUUUUUUUAACUGCUUCUGCAUCGCGAUAUGCACGCGCACACGCUCUGCCGCCGCCUCGACACGGCUGCGCGCGCCCGGAGCCGCGCUCGUGCCGCGCGCUUUCCAGCGUGCUGAAGGAACGAUGCGGUCCCCGCGCGCGACCCAGCUCGGUCUGCUGGCGGCGUGCGCGUGCACGUGGCUGCUGGCGGCGCAGGGCUGCGGUCCAGGACCGGGCUACGGUGCGCGGUCCCGAUCGCGCAGGCUCACGCCGCUCGCGCUCCGGCAGCACGUGCCCGGAGUGUCGGAGACGAACCUGGGGGCGAGCGGGCGCGCGGAGAGCAAGAUCACGCGCCACUCGGAGCGCUUCAACGAGCUCGUGUGCAACUACAACCCAGACAUCGACUUCAAGGACGAGGAGAAGACCAAAGCGGACCGCCUCAUGACCAAGCGCUGCAAGGAUUGCUUAAAUAAACUGGCUAUUGCUGUAAUGAACCAAUGGCCAGGUGUGAGACUGCGAGUGACGGAGGCCUGGGAUGAAGAUGACAAUCAUCCAGCAGGUUCUCUGCAUUAUGAGGGGCGUGCUGUUGACAUCACAACCUCAGACAGGGAUAUAAAGAAAUACGGGCUGCUCGCCCAGCUGGCUGUGGAAGCUGGGUUUGAUUGGGUGCACUAUGAGUCUAAGUAUCAUGUGCACUGUUCGGUCAAAGCAGAUCACUCCGUCGCAGUGGAGAAAGGCGGCUGCUUCUCAGCGUCAGGACUGGUCACUGUGGCCGGGGGGCUGCAAAAGCCCAUGUCUUGUCUGCAGCUUGGAGACAGUGUUCUUGCUUUAUCUGAAGCAGGUGAGAUGGUUUUUAGCCGGGUUCUCCUCUUCCUACAUCUGGACAUCAGCCGUAGGUCCACCUUCUUGAUUCUCAGCACUGAAGAUGGGAAGGAACUUGCACUUACUCCGAAUCACCUCAUCUUUGUAGCUCAAAACCACGAAUACUACCAAGACGAGUAUCAUGCUCGUUUUGCCAGCCGAGUUAGGAGAGGAGACUGUGUGCUUGUUUCUGGAAAAGACGGUGAGGUGCAUCUCUCCAAAAUAGUCUCCAUUUCACUUGAGAAAAGAACUGGAGUUUAUGCUCCACUGACAGAGCAUGGCAACCUGUUUGUGGAUGGCGUGUUGGCGUCUAGUUACGCAUCUGUAGAGGAUCACAGACUCGCACACUGGGCAUUUGGGCCUGUGCAGUUUCUGGAUGGCCUGGCUCAGCUGUUUGUUGGGCAGAAAUCACAAACUAUAAACAAUGAUGUUGGGCCUAAAGUUAACAGAAGUGUGAUGCACAAUGUUUCAGGUGUUGAAAGCAAGAGCCUGUGUUUAAAUGAACAUGAUUUAAUGGACUAUUCUGAUUGUGUGGACACCAAAGUCCAGGUUUACUGGUAUGCAAAGCUACUGUACACUAUUGGUCAGAUGAUUCUGAGUCCUCACAUGUUUUAUGAAUGAAGAUACAAGAAAAGACAAACCAGUGACCUCUCUAUGCAAGGGCAUUACAUUUCUAACCACAUAAAACCUACUCAUGGAAAACCAGACCAUAUGAAUGCUAUUUAAACUGAUAAAGCUUUUCGUGCUCAGACACUCUCAGACAAAACCAUUGUUUCUCCAUUUUUUGACAUAAUGUGAUUCUGGCUGUCCAAAUAGAAAUACUCCAAAAUUAUUAUUGGAAUAAAAUACUUUUACAUUGACGUAUUCUGUUAAAUUGCAAUUUUGGAGAUACGUGUUUCUUGUCAGAGAGUGAUGGUGUGUAAUAUAGUCCUAUUAAUUUCUGAUUAGACAUUUUAAUUGUGGUUAUGCAUACAGGUAUUGAUGGCGCAUAUUAUUAUAUUGUGAGACUGAAAUGAUGCGUUUUUAUACAGAAGAGGAAAUAUUUCAUAGAAUAAAACUAUUUAUUUUUAUACAUUUGGAUUUAUAAUAUAUAAAGCUUUUGAAGUUACAGUAAUUAAUCUCCAUGUCUUUUCUUACACUUGUUCUCCAGACUGAUAUUUAACAGAUACAUUGUUUUUGGAUGAUGUAUGAUGAAUUGUAAGCUAAUGUAACAUUAGAGCUCUAAUGCAUUUAGUUAAAAAUCUAACCUGUUUGAUAGAUUAUCAAAUAUAUAUAUAUUAUGAUGUAAGAAAUGUCCCACGUUUACUGCCUCAGUUGAGAAUGGGUGGAACUGGCAGGCCAGUUUUUAUUACUACAACUACAGGGUUUUACAUAAUACAGCACUUACAAGCAUUUGAUGUAUUGUUUAAUAAAUAUUGUUACACCUGCA